AAAAGAGCCAGAGAGAGAGAGAGAGAGAGAGAGAGAGAGAGAGAGACAUAUAGAGGGAGUGAGAGGUUUUAUUGACCAGUAAGAGUGAAGCUGUUUUCUGUUCACCAUGGAUUUAUCACUUUGGGGUUUGAUCCUUUGUUCACUAAUAAUUUCAGUGGCAGGCCAGACACCAGUGGUCUCUGUGGAGCCUCGGGCUGUGACUGUGCGUCAAGGGGAGUCUGUCAGCUUUAGAUGUCGAGUUGGUAAUGAUGCCCAGGGAAUUCACCUGGAAUGGAGAAGGGCCAAUAACCAAGCCUUACCAGACAACGCUAAGAUAGGUCCUGAUGGAGCCGUGCUGACGUUUGCCAACGCCAAACCUGGAAACCAGGGCCAGUACCGCUGUGUGGCAGCCAACUCUGCAGGUCGUGGCAUGGCCAGUGCCACGCUGAAUGUCAAAUUUCCCCCCAAAGUACGCCUGACGCCGACAGGACCCCUGCAUGUCAAAGUGGGUCAUGGUGUUUCAGUGGUUUGUCGUGCCACAGGAAGGCCACAACCAACUCUCAGCUGGAAACGCCAAGGAUCCACUUUGCAGCUCUUUACCACAGAGACCAAUGAUGCUAACACAAUACAGUGGGAUGCAGCACGCCUGGAGGACUCAGGGAUUUAUAUUUGCCAGGGUGAGAACAGUGAAGGGGUGACAGAGGUCAAAGUCAAAAUUAUUGUUGAGGCAGGACCAGGAGUACCAGUAGCCACAGUGAGCACUACGGAAAUGACAGUGGUGGAGGGACACACUGUCACAAUGUCAUGUCAGGCCACUGGUUCUCCUCCACCUGAAAUCUCCUGGUCCAAACUCCGAGCACCUCUGCCAUGGAAGCACUCAGUAGUUGAUGGUACUUUGACACUGAGCAACGUGGGCCGCCAAGACUCAGGACAGUACAUCUGUAAUGCCACCAAUAUACAUGGUUACAGUGAGGCGUACACACAGAUGGAGGUGGAGACGCCUCCUUAUGCCACCUGCAUGCCCGAGCAAGUCAGACUUCGAGCCGGUGACUCCCUCAGCCUGCAGUGCCUUGCUCAUGGCUCUCAUCCUAUCCAUUUCGUGUGGAGUCGAGCGGGCAGAGCGAGCCUUCCUGCAGGAGCGAUGACCACGAAAGAUGGAAAGCUGACUGUCGGCCAUGUUCAGGCGAGUGACAGUGGAACGUACAAAUGUGUUGCCACCAACCAUAUUGGCUCCAGUGAAGCGACUGCUAGAGUGAACGUUAGAGCCUAAUCCACAGUGCAAGAUUUUUAAACAUCCAAACAAAUUUUGAAUAUGUGAAAGCUGCAGACGUUUCUCAAGUGGGUUAAUAUUAUAUGUUUGUAGGAAUUUAAUUUUGUAGUUGUUGGUACUUCUCUCUCAUAUCUGCAUUUGGAAAGCUUAAAAUACCACAAUACUGUAAUAAACUGCGAUAUGACUAACUGUA